UGGGGCCAGAAACCAGAUGGGUGGGUUAAAACCCGAACCCGGAGUUUCCUGUAAUAAAAGUUUUGCUUGCUUGCUUCAUCGCUAUAACUUGCUCAAAUCUCUAUUCUCUAACGCACAAAAACCUCUGAAUCGAAUCGAGUGAGAAACCAGAGUUGGGGUUUGAUUCCUUGUACGUUGCUUUGAGGACGCACACAAGAAAGUUCUUGGAUUGAGAGAAACAACAAUGGACUUUAAAGGUAUCACAUGGGUUGGGAAUGUCUACCAGAAGUUCGAAGCAAUGUGCUUAGAGGUUGAAGAAAUCAUCGUCCAGGACACAGCUAAGUACGUUGAGAACCAAGUUCAGACGGUUGGGAACUCCGUGAAGAGAUUCUGUUCUGAGGUGGCUCAAGAUUUGCGUCCCGUUGACUCACAUGUUUCUACGUUACAUGAAUACGCUCCUGUUUGCUCUUCCUUCAAAAAGAAAAGAGAAGAACAAGAUGUAACUGAGGGGAAGAAGGAUGGAUGUGCGAUGGAACUCCGUGGUCUUGGCGCAGAUGACUACGAUAUAUGUACUUCUCCAAGGCAGCAUGGUUACGGAGGUCCGUAUAGAAGGACAAGACUCGGUCGCAAACAAGGGUUUAAGAAAGAAGUCACCAGGCCUUACUUACUGAAAGACUCAACUAGUUUAUCAAUGGUUCAUAGAACUCGUGUUAGAAACGAUGUUGGAACUGUAAAGUCAAGUGAUCCUCCUCCUCCUCCUCCUCCAGGUGAAAAUGGAAGCGACAAUCAACACGGUCUAACAGUGGUUGAUUCUGUUAGAAGUCAAUAUUCAGAGACUAAGACCAAAGAUGAACACGGUCCUGAAGUGGCUAAUUCUGUUAGGAGUAAAGAUUCAGUGAUUCAACCAUCUGUUCCCAUAAGCUUAUCUUCAGGAUCUGAUGAUUGUAGAGAGGAUGAGGAUCGGAUGAAAACUAGUUCGAGUUCUGUCUCUGAGCAUAAGCCAGAGAUUCUUCAAGGGCUUAGUGGAAGAUCAGUUGAAGAAAGCUGUAUCAUUGUGGAUAGAGACGAGUUGCAUUGUGUUUUUCCUAACAAGGAGGAGAAUGACAAACACAAACCUUAUAAGAAGAUCAGAGAUGCUAUAUCUUCAAGAAUGAAGCAAAACAGAGAACAAGAAUACAAGCGACUUGCUCGUCAAUGGUACACAGAAGAUGUCGAGAAUCCGAAACAGAUUGAGGAAGAUCAAUCAUCAGAAGAAUCUGAAUGGGAGCUUCUGUAAAAUGUUAGUGGUUUACACAUAUAAUUAAAGUAAGUAAGCACUCUCUUUGUAUAUAAAGAAUGUCUAAGCAAAACAUAAGAAGCAGCCUUUAAAGGCUUCCUCUGGUUACAUAAUGAAUAAGCCUCCUCAUCUUUAUCAAAGUCAUGAUCUCGUGUACAUGUAUAGUCUUUCCCAUGGGGUGGUUGUGUAAUUAUUGUUUUCGUGUUUCGUCUAUUUUACAUUUCCAUUUUGUUCCAUAUGAAGGACCACUCCAAUUCUUUU